AUGGACGAGAAUCUCGAUCCCUGCGAUGAAACGAGCGGAACAAUCACGAAAUUUCUUCCUUCCACCCAUCAUCAUUUUGUGUGUGGUUAUGGAGGUGGCCUCGGAGGGUACGGCGGUUACGGAGGAUAUGGCGGCGGCUAUGGCGGCGGCUAUGGCGGUUAUGGCGGCUAUGGAAGCUAUGGCGGCUACGGGGGUGGCUACGGGGGUGGCUACGGACGUGGCUAUGGCGGCUAUGGCGGCUACGGCGGCGGCAUCGGCUGGUAAACAGAUGAAACCCGCGGCAACGCUACUGGGCUUUAUUCCCCCGAGUCAUCAACGAAGAUCAUAGAUGAUGGAGGGGCUGCAUCUGCUACGACAUGGAGAACAUUCUUCCGACCGCUGACGAACCUCCCGUGCCAAUUUGUACGUUAAAUUAAGCUGUUCAAUUUUGAAGCUUUCAUUUUUUUGCUCCUUGCGUGUGAAAGAUUUCCUUACAGUGUUCUUUGGAAAUAAAAACGAUUUUUUUGCAAGCAA